AAUAACCUCAAUACUUGAUUUGAAUAAAUGUUUAUAUCCAAUGUUUUCAUUUUGUCACUAAUGGAAAAAUGGGUGGUUUCAUAAUAUUUCUGAUUAUAAUAUGUGUUCUUUUUUUAACUGUGUCAUGGAUCCUCCCUAUGAUUAUCUCUUGGCAUUUUCAGAGAAAAUAUGACGUUUCUCUGAAAAUUAAAAAAAUAGGCAUGCCUUACCUAAAAUUAUGUGAUAUUAGCCUUUCCAAAAAUGGUUUCAGUAUUCAUGUGGAUGAAAUCAGCAUCAAAAGCAGUUUUCUGAAUUCUGAAUUAACAAAGCUGGUAACUUUGGUGGUUAGAGAUGUAAGAAUAAACAAAGAUUUGAGCUCAAAAAAUGUGGAUGAAUCAACAAAAUAUUCUCCCCAAACUAAAAGUGAUAUUGAUUUUCGGGACAAUAAAGUUCCUCAUUUCAUAACAAGUUUUGCACAAUUCAUGGCUGUACAUGUAUACAACAUCUCCGCAAUGCUGUUGAGAUCUGAAACGCCCGGUUAUUUGAUACAUGCAACUGCAUCUGAAUUGCAUCUGGAUGGUAGCAUUUUGAAAAACGCUAAAUCCUUAUUGGCAACCAUCAAUCUUAUGGAUGCAGAAAUGAAGAUUUUGAGACACGCAGAACAGGAAGUAAAAGAAACGAAGCUGGCUGAAUUUAGUUUCGGCAUAUCCAUGGAAACCAUAUUGGUAGCGCAGGGACCCUUAUCUGUAGAGAAACUUGAUAUAAACAUGUCCCACAGUAGAGCAGUUAUAAAUGGCGGUUUUUAUAACUUGGCACAAAGUUCUAAAAGUGAAAAAAUACCAAAGAUGUCUAGAUAUAACUCGAGUAGCUGUGAAGAUGAUAUUUUUGAAAGACUGAAACCUAUUAUUCCAAAGAAAUGUUCACUGUAUAUAGACGAAACGUCUCUCACUGGAGUCAAAGACGACAGUCAAAUAGAGUACAGCUCUUCUUUGAAAUCAUUGGCUUUGAAUUGUAGAUCAGUACCUAUCGAUGAUAAGGUGGUAUCAGAUGAUUCAUCUGUUCUUUUCAAUUUCUAUAUGUCCGAUUUGUUUUUGCAAAAUAGUAAAGAAAAACUAUUGGAACUCAAACAUCUCAAUAUCGAUGCAAAGUUGAUACAGAACUCAUUGAACAUUUACCUCCAACAAAACUGUUUACUAGUGACCUACGAUCAUAAUUUGAUUUACAAGUGGGUCUCUACGAAUUUUCCUAGAAGCCAUCAAGAAAUAUCUCCUAUGAUAUUGGAAGAUACUGAGAAAAGAAGGGAUAGGUUGAGGAUAUAUCGAUCUUCGGCUUUCGAAAAAAUCAUAGAGAAACUGAACAUAAGUUUUUGUGCUGAACUAUUUCAGGUGCUGGCAGUCAUUAGAUUGAAAAAUCAAGACUCGUCAAUUGGUUUCAAUAGAGUAAGACUAAUGCUGGAUCAGUCUCCGGAAAAAAGAGGAUCUACAUUCAAGGCUUAUAUACCCAAUCUUUUUCUGAGAGAUCGUCAUUGGGCCAUGGAAUUUUCAGUUGAUUCUCUAUGGUGGUCUUUCAAAGAAUGGAACCAAGAUACUAACGUUUCCAAAGUGACGCACAUCUGGGGUACUCCUCUAUAUUUGGGAAUGGGAGUAAUCAAACUCAGUACUUCAGCAAACCAGGAAGUGAGGUUAGAAUCACUUCUUGAUACUAUUCAGUUGGAAUGGUCUUUGGAAUUCGCAGAUUACGUAUUACUAGCACUUAGAUGUUUUAAACAAUAUGGGAGUAUCAAACCAAAGCACUCCUCUCCAAAAAAAGAAAUAGGAGACCGAGAUCUCCAAAAUCUGUCUUGUCAUUUAGUAGUAACUCAUUUUAACUUGUUUAUGCAAGCACAAAACAUAGAAUAUUUUGUUUCCCGCAUAAACACAAUCAGCUUAGAUAAAACUAUCGAUGAAGUACGAAAAUCAGCAAACGCCGUAAAUGUGAAGUUUGAAGGCUUCAAAAUAUUUAGUUUGAACAGUAAUGGUGAUGGCUACACCUGUAUCCAAACUGAGGAUAUUUCUAAUUACAAAGUGUUUAUCAACACUGCUCUUUUGGAAGUAAGAAAUUUGGAAGAGAAACCCAAAGAAACAACUCUUACUUUGUUAGAAACAGUUGAAACUCAUUGGUCAACGAAUUUCCAUUUGAAGUCUCUGCUCUUGGUCAGAGAUGUGAUGGAGUUUCUGUCAGGUGUGAAAAAAGAGCUGGACAUUGUAGACGGUGGAGCAGUAAAACAAAAAUGUUUCAACACUUUGAACAUUUUUGGAAAAUUUGAAUUUCAUAUUGAGAUUAGUCCGAGCCACAAUGCAAAAAUAGCUUUAGUGUUUCUNAACACUUCUCUACUGAUAUCGAUAGACGAACAAAAAAUAUUUACUUUGAAGGGAAUUGAUGUCCACAGAAUCAAAUCACAUCCUGUCAUCGAAGCUGAACGAAACGAUGCCGGAAGCUUCAACUUGAAAUUCAAUAAAACAUACGGAAUUUUUAUCGAUCUAUUCACAGCAGUAUUUCCACAUGAACAUAACUUUGCAGAAGCCAUUCAAAAUCAGUUGGUGUCUGUAUUCAAAUGGCUGAAAAUCAUUCACAACAUCAAGAAAGAUAAAACCAUCCCACAGAGUUUACCCGGUGAUUUACUGAUCAAUGUUAAAGAAUUUUUGUUCGAAAUGAGCGAUGAUCCAUUCGAAGUAAAACUGAGGGACAAUUUCGAACUGCUGGAGGACGAAUAUAAUGAGAGUUUGAAAAGGCAGAAGAUGCUCAGAGACAAGAUUGGUGACCUCUUGAAAACCCAUCUUCACAUGCCCGCUGGAAAAGUUGAAGAGUUAUAUGCCACUCUCAAGAAAAAAAAUGCAGAAAUAUAUGUUCAGAGAUCAAAACUGAUGUAUAAGGCGUCUCCCCAAAGAACUCGUUUAUUUGCUUGGAGUAUGGCUAAUCUGGAAUUACUGAUUCUAGCUGAUCCUUCCAUACACGGGCCAGAAAGAGUUAUAAAUGUAAUGAGAGAAAUAGAUAGCGCCAGUCCUUGGCCCGAAGAACCGAUGGAGUUUUCUACUUUGUGGUGUCGUGUAAUUUCCUUCAGAUGUGCUGAAUGGAAAUUUCAACUUAGAGAUUUCCCGCAACCAUUGAUGCACAUCAAGAAAUGUUAUAUAUGCGGUCAGUUGGUUGGUGCUGAACAAGUUGCUCCGAAAAGAGCAAUUCGAACAGUCGAAGUCCAUCUUGGUGAACCAUUCGAACCAGUUGUUAUUGAGAGAGGAAUGCUGCCAUUGAAGUUUUACCACGAUUUCAAUUGCGAAGUUGAAUAUUUCAGUUACGCAUUUGGUCCGUGUUGGGAACCUGUGAUUGCGCAAUGCAAUUUGAGUUUUAACCAAAUUUCUGCACCAUCUCGCGAUCCAUCUCCGGUAUUGACAUUCUGGGAUAAAAUGAGACUUUUACUACAUGGUAGAUUAACCAUGGUCGUCGAACAACUCACAGUAUUGUUACAUGCUUCGUUGGAUCCUUAUAAUACCACAGAAGAAAUGGCUCUAACUUGGGAGAAGGUCAUAAUGGACUGGACUAAUGCUAAAUUUGUUUAUAAGGGAGAUUUGAACAUAUUUGUCCGAACUGCCUCAAAAUAUGACGAUGUUCAACUGUUGAAAAUGCCUAAUUUGAAACUAAUACUUGGAAUCAAUUGGGUUUGCCUGGGCCAUCCUAAUGACCACCACAGUGUCAUACAGUGUGCUCCGGAUAAGGUUCCAGAAUAUUCCAGUAAUCAGGUACAUGACUCUUUCAGAGCUUUCAGAUCGCAGAAUGUGAACCUUAGUAUAGUUCUGGAAACGAGACCUGUGCCCAACGAACCUAACAACUGUCCAAUUUUACUUCUCUAUGGCAGUACUUUGAGGUGGAUUGAAAGUCUCAAACUUAUUUUGUCCGGCGUGACUAGACCUACUAAACGUGGAAGAAUUUUUAAUAAUGUCAGACCCAGAAAGAUUCAACUCAGCAGGCAUUACAAAAAGGUUCAUUUGUUGAUUGGCCUACAUAAAUUUCAAGUGUGUUAUUGGAUGUCUUUUUCAAUGCAGAGAGGAUCCGAACUGUUUGGAGGAAGACUUUCGUCUAGUUCAGAACACACUUUGUCGUUGGUAAACAUCGACGAUGGUCUAAAGCACAGACCAAAAGCCGAAUGGUCGGUGGUCUACAUGAACUCCGAACUCAGCGACUUCGAAAUGUGGUUGAAAAGUGCUCUACACGAUGAACAAGACGUAGAAGUUCCGACGCCUCGUCAACCAGUAGAAAAAUGCUUUUGUCUUUCGGUCGCCAAAGUAUCUUACGGCCGUGAAACAGUCGUUCCCAGUCAAGAAAGAAAUAAGGAUAUACCGACACACAGAUUGGUUGUUCAUGACUUGAGAGGGGCUUGGACGAAGAGUAAUCGAAAUGUGGCGUUUGCUCUCUUUGAUACUUUUAUGAAAACCACAAGGCUGAAAAAAAAUCUGUCAACUGAGGCAUUAAAAGGAUUUCGUAAAGAGAAUACAACUACUCCAUUGAAGAGAAGAAAUACUGACCCUUCUUGUACCCCACCAAAUGCUUCAAUACAAGCCAUUCAGUCUUCCACAGCAGUACAAGACACUCCUUCGCCUAUGACUAAACUUCAGUCUGGGCAUGCUGCCAAUAUGCUUCAGCAGUUGAUAGCAGAGGCUGAUAACAAUGCUGUUGUUUAUAGUGACGAUCUGUCUGCUGUUUCGAAACAACACCUGCAGGGACUUCAAGCUUGUCAGCAGGACGAUGUCCAACAUAAAAAUUGGCAGAUUGCCCUCGUAAAUGCGCAAGUAUUACUGAAAGGCUGCGAAACAAAGGGUUAUGUAAUACUGAGUGCUGCAAAAGCAGAAAUCGUUCAGAGGAUCCAUAGACCCGCUUGGAAAGACAGGACGCUGGUUUCUAAAACAACUUGGUUGGGAACUUUAGAAUGUAUGCAGUACUACGCUACGGUUAAUGCUAGAGAAAAUGAUACGACCGAUGAUAAUAUAAUGUGGCUGACAGUUGACAAUAUUCAGGAAAAAGAAUCCACAGAAAUAUCCGAACCCUCAGAAGUACCAAACAUGGUGGGUAGUGGCGUUUCUGUAGGAGCUGUUGUCAGUGAUACCGUCGGACCUAGUUGUUCUAGGCAGCUACAACGUAUUGUAUCAAGAUGUAAAUGUGAAUUUUUUUAUGCCGAUUAUGGUGACAUCAGUGUUGAUCCUAAAGGUUUAGGGGAGAUUCCACCUCCACCGCAAGAAGAAGUGGGACCAUGGGAGAGUCGAGAGUCAGCUGUUGAUGCUUUCACUCUCAUGCAUUAUGACCUCGAAGUCUGUACAAAUUCUUUACAAUAUGCCAUGCUGUUGGAUAUAGUGAACAAUCUGUUAUUAUAUGUGGAGCCUCAUAGAAAAGAAGCACUAGAAAAGUUAGCUCGUAUGAGGUUCAAGUUACAACUGCAUAGCGUUGAAGACCAAAGAAAACCCAUACAAAACCAACAGACACUCGUUAGAUCCACCCAGAGUAAGCUGAAGAGACUUGAAAAGGAGACUUACUUGGUCAACAAAGCUUUGGAAGAGAGUCCCGACGACAUUGGGUUGAGGCAGGAUGCUGGUCGAUUAGAACGACUGAUGGAUGAAUGUAAGAAUCAAUUGAGCGCUCAAAGCGAGGAGUUGGACAUGAUGCUCUCAUGUUAUAAAGAGUCUCAACUUCUAGCAAACGCCCGCUUAGCUACGACUAGAAGUGAUAAACCACUUACCAUCGUGAGAGCUAAUGAAAUUUGUUUCAAACAUGCACAAUGGCGUUUGACCGAGGCAGACGGACAAAUUGGUAUUGCAGAUUUAGUAUUGAGUAACUUUUUAUACACUAAGAAUUCGAAGAGUGAUGAUUCUGUGGAACACUUGCUGGAACUUGGCUAUAUGAGGAUGACGAAUUUGUUGCCCAACGAAAUCUAUAAGGAAGUUCUUUGUCCCACAGAGAUACAAUUUGACAUGCCGAUAGAACAUAAAAAAGUUUUGAGGAUAUUUUGCAGAGAGAAACCUCCUGUGGGUGGUAUUUCAGUGAAGGAAAUAUUCGAAAUCAAUUUAGUGCCUUUAACUCUAGGGCACAGGAAAAAGUCGCAAGGGGCUAAGUCUGUGAAAUUUAAUUGUAUUGUAUUUAUAAUAAUUUUUCUCAAGGCCAUAAAGCAGAAACUCCAAAUAAAAAGGAAUACAGGAUCAUCAAACGAAAGUACAACACCUCAAGAAGAAGAUAAAGCUAGAAUGUUAUUUGGAGCAAGACAUGCACCAGAAAACAGAAGCAUUAGAAAAGGAGUAUCAGGAGUUUUUCGUUUUGGUAAAUAA